CUCCCCAGCACUUUUUUUACUCACUUAAAAAUGGCCUUCUCUCCUUCCUUCCUGCUCCUUAUCUUCUUAGCCUUCUUUCUCUCCCUCUCUUCCUCUCUCGGUGACGAUGCUGCUGACACUAAUACCCGGAAAACUUUCAUCAUCGCUGUCCGGAAUGACCUCAAACCCUCUGCGUUUUCCCACGUCGAGAACUGGUACACCUCCAUUCUCCAUUCCCUCUCCUCUUUCACCCAUUCUCUUGAGAGUUCCUCCCGAGGGGCACGUGGCAGACCUAAGCCCCUCCACGUGUAUCGCACCGUCUUCCUCGGCUUCUCCGCCGUGCUAACGCCGGCUGAGGCCGACCUCCUCCGGUCCGAUCCGGCAGUCCUUGCCGUCCUCCCCGAUCUCCCCCGCCAACUCCACACCACCCGCUCCCCCCUCUUCCUCGGCCUCGUCUCUGCCGACUCCAAGCCCAACCGCCUCCUCGCUGCUGCCGACUCCGGCUCCUCCGUGGUCAUUGCCCUCGUCGACACCGGCAUCCGCCCCGACCAUCCAAGCUUCGCCGACGACGGCCACCUUCCCCCUCCUCCCUCCCGCUGGAACGGCUCCUGCGACCACGGUUCCCACUUCCCCGCCACCACAUGCAACCGAAAGCUGGUCGGCGCCCGCUUCUUCGAUUACGGUUAUCUCGCCAGUACGCAUGGCGGCAUCGGCAAGGGCUGGGACGUGUUCUCUCCCAUGGACUCCCAAGGCCACGGCACCCACACCGCCUCCACCGCAGCCGGCGGUGCCGCCUCCAAUGCCUCCCUUCGCGGCUACGCUGCCGGGGUCGCCUCCGGCAUUGCACCCGGUGCCCGCAUUGCUGUCUACAAGGCCUGCUGGGCCUCGGGGUGCUACGACUCUGACAUCAUCGCCGCCAUCGACGCCGCCGUCACCGACGGCGCCCACGUCAUCUCCAUCUCCAUCGGUGCCGGCGUCGUUCCUCUCCAUGUCGACCCCAUCGCCAUCAGCACCCUCGGCGCAGCCGAGCGGGGUGUCUUUGUUGCUGCCUCCGCCGGCAAUGAUGGCCCCAGAGAGUACACAGUAUGCAAUGUCGCCCCCUGGAUCACCACCGUCGGUGCCGGCACCGUCGACCGCCGGUUCCCCGCCGACAUCAUCCUCGGCGAUGGCACCGUCGUGUCCGGCGUUUCCAUCCACGUCGGCCGGCGAUUUUCUCCGAAGCGUUCUUUCCCGCUCGUGUAUGCGGGAAACGCGGCCCGGUCCGACCGGGAGGCGUCCACGGCCGCCAUCUGCGACCACGGGUACUUGGAACCCAACAAGGUGCGCGGCAAAAUCGUGCUCUGCGAUCGCGGCGUACUGUCACGCGUCGAGAAGGGAUUGGUCGUGAGGAACGCUGGGGGAGCCGCGAUGAUCCUUGCCAACGAUCCCGAGAACGGGGAGGGCGCAACCCCGGACGCCCACAUCCUCCCCGCCGUGUCGGUCGGCUACAAGGCCGGGAUGGCCAUAAAAGCGUACAUCAGGGCCAACGACGCUCCACGUGUCCGUCUGGCCUUCCAUGGGACCCAGGUCAGGGUCAAGCCCGCGCCAACGGUGGCCGGGUUCUCCGCGCGCGGGCCCAGCUUGCACUCCCCGCACGUCAUCAAGCCGGAUCUGAUCGCGCCAGGUGUCAGCAUCCUGGCGGCCUGGACGGACCGGGUGGGCCCCACGGGGUUGAAGGCCGACCGGCGACGGACGGAGUUCAACAUCAUCUCCGGCACGUCCAUGUCGUGUCCCCAUAUCGCCGGGGUGGCGGCGCUGCUGAAGGCCGCGCACCCGGACUGGUCGCCGGCGGCCAUCCGGUCGGCGAUGAUGACGACGGCCUAUACCACGGACAACAUGGGCCAAGACAUGGUCGACGAAAGGACGGGAAAUAGGUCCACCGAAUGGGCCUAUAGUUCGGGGCAUGUGGACCCGGAGAAGGCCGUCGAUCCUGGGCUGGUCUAUGAUCUGACGGUGGAUGAUUACUUGGACUUCUUGUGCAGCUCCAAUUACAGCAGCGCAACCAUUGGGAUGAUAGCCAGGAGACCGGUUAAUUGUUCGAACAAGAUUGGAAGGCCUUGGGAUCUGAAUUACCCAUCAAUUGCUGUGGUUCUGGAGGGAUCCAAUACGAGGAAGCUUGAAGCCGUGGUUCGUCGGACGGUGAGGAAUGUGGGAGAGGAGAAGGCAGAGUACAGUGUUGGUAUCAAAGAACCGGAAGGGGUGCGACUGGUGGUGGAGCCUCGGAAGUUGGUGUUCAGAGGCAAAGGUCAGAAGCAAGAGUUUGCCGUCAAGGUUUUUACGGAGCCCAAAAAAUUGCUCCCAUGGAAUUCCUGGACAGAGUUUGGAUCGGUGACAUGGAGUGACGGGAAGCAUACGGUGAGGAGUCCGAUUGCAGUGACAUGGCAGCAGAAAGAUUAGGCUAAACCGGGAGUGAGUGCACACAGGUACACCAUAUCAGCGGCCCUUGAAAGGUAGGGAAAAAAAUUAAUAAAAGAGACACUUAAAAGGUGGCGGAAAGGCUUGGUCUGGGUUAUUUAUAUGCAGGUUAAGUGUUAUUGGAUAAAGGUGGGGAUGCUCUUUCACGUGGCGUGCUUUGUUGGUCGUUGAUAGGAAUGUUUAUGCAAUAUAGAUAUUUAAUAAGCAUGUCUCUCAUGCAAGUGGAUUAAGA